CAGAGCCUGGCCCUCCUCUUCCUCCCCCUCUCGUCCUUUUGUUAGGGCUCCUGGCCUUUCUCUUCUCUCUGGAGAGCCAGGGCCCAGUCUCAGUUCCCGGGGAGAGAGUGCCCUCUAGUGCCUGGGAGGGUGAAGGCUGAGGAGGAGGGCAGGGCCAGAGGCCAAGCCUGAAAGGAGGCCCUGCCAGCCAAUGAGGGGUGAGCCGGCUGCAGCUUGACCUGUGGAGCUGGGAGAGCAAGGGACCCACAGGGCUGUGAUCCAUACUCUCCCUGUUGGUGACCUAAGACCACACGAGGAUGCUGCUAUGGUUUCUUGUCUUGUCUGCUUUGGAUCUCGCGGCCUGGGGUGUGCCCACCAUUGUCUCCCGCAAGGAGUGGGGAGCGAGAUCCCUAACCUGCCGGGCCCAGCUGACCCGGCCUGUGGCCUAUGUCAUCACGGACCAGAUCACGGGGAUGGAAUGCGAGGAGCAGAAUGCGUGCAGUCAAAAGCUGAGGGGCCUGCAGUCCCGUUCCGUCUACACCAAAGGCUGGUGUGAUGUGGCCUACAACUUCCUGGUUGGGAAUGAUGGCAGGGUGUAUGAAGGUGUUGGCUGGAACAUCCAAGGCAUGCACAACCAGGGCUAUAACAACAUCUCCCUGGGCCUCGCAUUCUUUGGGAAUAAUCUAGGCAGCAGUCCAAGUCCCACUGCCUUAUCAGCCGCAGAGGACCUGAUCUUCUAUGCCAUAAAGAAGGGUCACCUAUCACCCAGGUAUAUUCAACCACUUCUCUUGAAAGCAGAGAGCUGCCUGGUCCCUCAUCAGCCACUGAUGCCCAGGAAAGCUUGCCCCAACAUCAUCACAAGGUCAGCUUGGGAAGCCAGACAGACACACUGCCCUACAAUGAGUCUCCCAGCCAAAUAUGUUAUCAUCAUUCACACUGCUGGGGCAACCUGCAACAUAUCCAUGGACUGCCGGAUCCGUGUCCGAGAUAUACAAUCUUAUCACAUGGACACACAGAACUUCUGUGACAUCGGAUAUCACUUCCUGGUGGGCCAGGAUGGUGGUGUGUAUGAAGGAGUUGGCUGGCAUACCCAAGGCUCUCACACAUACGGAUACAACGAUAUUGGCCUAGGAAUUGCCUUCAUAGGCAACUUUGUAGAAAAACCACCAAAUGCUGCAGCGCUGGAGGCAGCUCAGAACCUGAUCCAGUGUUCCGUGGUCAAGGGACAUCUGGUCUCCAACUACCUGCUGGUGGGGCACAGUGAUGUGACCAACAUUCUGUCUCCUGGACGGGCUUUGUACAACAUCAUUAAGACUUGGCCUCAUUUCAGACAAUAAGGGAACCCCAAUUUCUUCCAAUACCACCUGCACCCUAACCCUGGCUCCUGAGUCUCCCCUUCUUCACCUUCCAUUCUGGCUCAACACCUGUGUCCCCUCCCUGCCAGCCCCAUCCUGUUUCUUCGGCUUCAGGUUAGUAUGAUCAUUUCCUAACUAGUAUGAUCAGUUCCAUAUGAUCAAACCCCAUAGUGGGGCAUUCCAGCCCUCUGAGUCUGCACCCAGCCUCCUUCCCUCCUCACCUUUCUCUCCCCAGCACCCACCUCCUCACCCAGGUGAGCCUUCUUGUCCCUUUGUACACACCCCUCUCCUGGUGUGCCUUCCCCUGCCAUUGUUGUAGCCAUGCAUUCCGGAAAACAAACUCACUCAGAAUGACA